UCGGAGCGAAACUAGAAGGGCAGGCGACUGCCGGAUCCGCGCGAAGCCGCGGGGCAAGCGCGGCCCCCACCCCUUCCUUCCCUCCCUCCCUCCCCGUGGCCCGGCUCUCGCCCGCCUCUCAGCGCCGCCGGCUGAGGCGGCUCAGCCCGGGGACGCGAUUCAACAUGGUGCUGCUGCCGGGGGCGCGCGAGCGGGCGAGGGGCAAGGCAAGCCGAUGGUGAGGGGUCUGGGCGGCCGGAGGCCCAAGAGUUUCGGCGGCGGCGGCGGGGCUAGGGCAGGCGGGGCUGGGGGUGGGGAGGGGGAGGUCUGUGUGGUGGUUUGUGGAAAGCGCGGUGACAGCGGGUAUUUCGGCCCCGGCUCCGCGGGGCCCUCGCACACAUUCACGCGCGGCCUCGGCCGCGGAGGCCGGGGCGUCCCCGGGCAGAAGCACCGGCGGCAGCUGAGCCGCUGCGCGCCGCCCGCCUGCUUCCCUCCCCGCCAGCCUCCCUCUCUGCCGCCGCCACGGCCUGGCAGCCAGUGCCACACAGCGACCCCCGAGGGCUGGCCGCGGCACUGCGCCUGGCUCCACACCGCCCCAGCAGCUCCUCGCGGGGAACAAUAGACUCGGCUCGCCGGGCUUAGGGUUCGUCUGCAAUGUGCCGCACAUUUCACACGCACACAAAGCCGGCAGAAAGGGGGGCGGCGCGGGGAAACGGCCACUACCGGUUGUUCCAGGGUUAGGGGUGGAGGCGAUGUUCGCGUCCCCGGCCCGGCUAUUGGAAGGGCCGCCUCGGAGUCCCCGCCCGCCCGACAGAACCGGUGUGGCGCUCUGAAGGGAAAGGAAGCUCACCGGGUUAGCUCCUCACGCUACGCAACAUUCACAGAUCAGAAUAAAGUCAAUUUGUUACCUUAUGUUUUUGUAAAAUCUAAAGGAAUCGGCUUUUAUGAGCCGUAUGCUAGUAUUCUGGGGCCUGGUUAGCACAUUUUCUAUGAAUUAUCCACACGCUAACUUUAGCAAACUAUACGUUAAAUACAAUGUGAAGUGUCUGUCCUAGUUCUGUGGAAAUAGAGUAAUGCUCUUAAUUCAUCUUGCCGCUGGUUGGCUUCACAUAUCAAACUGGAGUAUUCUAUGACCAAAGUUAUGCAAACUAACUAAACUGGUUGGGAAACAAUCUGUCGAACUUCGACAAUAAUAAUUAACGUUUACAUUUUUAUAGUAAGGUCUCUUCAAGAUUGCUGCGUUUAAAAUAAAUAUCGAAUAAAACAUGUUUUUCCUUGCUUUCAAAUGUCUUAAAUGUAAUCCUCGUUUAAAAUAUUUUUGAAGGUUAAAAAAACCCUUUGCUUAAAUGAGAGUCAAAACAUCUCAACAAAUACUACCACCUAAAUUUGCAUUUACGAGGGGUGUUGGAGCCGGCUCUUUGCUACAAAUGUUAAGAUUACAGUACGUGAAACGUAUGAUUAUUCCCAUUUUAGUGACGGCCACCACGGGCAAAGUCACUGCCUAACCCAAGGUCACAGGGUAGUAGGGGUCUGGAUGGGUUAUUUCAGGUAGUCGUUCCAAUGGGAACAUUGCUUUGGAGGUGAAAAAUUAUGUAAUAUAGUGCAGCGUGCUUCCGGUGCUCACUCUAGGAAACGGACUUAUUUCCCAACUAAAGUUUGUCUCUUAAGUGGGGUCGGAAUAAGGUUGUGGCUAGGAAGUUCCUGACACCCCAGGGCCAGUGAGUGUCUCGGAAGCCUGUGAGGGGCGGAGACCCGGCCCGGGGAGGUGGAGAAGCUCGGCGGCCACGGGAGACUAGGGGUGAGGCUGCUGCGAGGAAGACCCGGUCAGCUGUCCCUUCCCCCACCGGUCCUCUUAGGGGGAGUGGAGAUGUGGGCCUCGGAGCUGCGUGGCCCGGGCUGUGCGGAUUCCCUAAACGCCGCACUUGCGCACAGCCCCUUACGUAACCGUCAGUGCCGGGGAUUCCCUGGAGGGGGUCAUUCUAUUCAACCAUUAUACACACCCCGGGCUCCUGCCGCGGCGCCGCCGCCGCCUCACAAAAUGGCGGCGCCCAUAGAGGAGACAGCGGCCGCCUCCCCGGCCCCAUUUUGUGGGAGGCGAGAGGUCUGUCAACAUGGAAAACCUCUGCUGAGGAUGCAUCCGAGUUUGGAAACCCCACUUAAGGGAUGCAGCCUGGGGGAUCACAUUAAACGGAAAAUGCCAACGACUUCUACCACCUCUACGCGUUUUUAGUUUUUCAUUUUCUCGAAGGAAGCGCCAGAAGCUUGUGGGGUAAUGGUAACUAGAGGGAGAACGGAAAGCUGAGGUGACUGCUCCGGGGACUUGCCGCGGCGCCUUGGUAGCUUUGGUUGCUCUUCCACGCUCCCAGCAGCUGACCAGAAUCUCUUGGAGGGUCUCCUGGGCCACGUCGACCGCGCCAGUCCUGCAAUGAGACUUUUCUGUACUUUUAAAAUGCCACAGUCCACGGCCCGGUGGGCACCGCUCGCCUGAAUCGUGGGCUUCGGGAAUCCUGGAGGCUGCUGCUCCAGGAGCUCGCGGUCGGCCAGGAGCCAGGGAGCUUGGUUGCCGGGAGCGGGCGGUAUUCGCGGACUCCGGCGGCCCUGGCGGGUCGCGGCCGGGAUCCGAGCCGGGCAUGACGGUGCUGAUGUCGCUGAUGGGGCAAGAGUGGGAACGGAGGCACGUACACUGAAAUUUAAGUCGUCCGAGUUGGGAGUUAAGAUAGCAGGUUAAUAUUGUCUCAGGAGAGACUUAGAACGUCUUUUCUGGUAUCCCAGUCUGCAGUGGGCAAAUCUAUUGUCUUUAUUUCUCAUUUAAGGGCAGAAUGCAGGGAUGACAUAUUUUUACUUUUCAAGAGGCGGUUGCCACUUUUAAGUCACUGUUAUUUGUGUGUGUGUGUGUGUGUGUGUGUACAUAAACAUAUACAAUAGUGUGUUUUGCUUUUCAGAGCAAGUAUCAAAGGCUAAAGACUUGGAGUGAUACUAGUGUUUAAAAGCCUUUUUUUAAAAAAAAAAUUAAGAUGUGAUGAGAAACUGGAGAAUUGACUUUUAAAAAUUCCUUUUCUGUAGAAGAGGCUAUCUUCAAAAUGGAGUCCUAAAGUAUAUCUGAUGGAUAGAAUUUAAAUUCUUAACACUGUAUACCCUGUGGUCAAAAGCAUCAACGUAAAACUUGAUGUUUAUCAGAUUACUUACGUUUCAAUUUUCCUGUGGUUAGAAAAAUUAAGACAGAAGUAAGCUAUUAACGGUAUUUGCUUGUAAGAGUAACGUAAAGGUUUAAGGAAAGGUUUGUUGAAAUAGAUGUGCAUCACACGAAUAAUUUAUUUUAAAUGUUGUUUUCCAGUUGCAGCAAUCAUUUGUGUUUACAUGACUUUUUAAAAAAGGGUUUAGUUUAUGUUGAUUUUGACCCUCUUAUUUAAUUUCUAGUGCAGAAGUGCAGCUUUCUGCAGGCUGCGCCUCAAUCACUAAGUUCCACUGUCCAUCCUCUGCCGCGCUACUCCUGGCAUGUGGAUCACCAAGAUACAAUUUCUGGUCCUGUCUGUUCUUACUGAUGUCCUUUAAAGUUAAUAAAUUUGAUUUCCACUAA